CGAGUUUGAAGGCUAUUGUUCAUGUCACACUGGACUCGAACCCAAGCCCUGCUGCUCCUCUGCCUGUCUGUACCAGGACAAACUGCAGGAUUACAGGUGUUACUCUGGCCGGCAGCUGAUCAGGUGUUCACCGCAGUAUUCACUGAUCACAGCUGAUGGACAGCCCUGCAGACAUGACCACCCGUGUGCCACAUACGGCUAUGGUUACUAUUGGUGCAAGACCAGUGAUGGACAGACAGGCCGCUGCAGUCCUCCGCUGACGAGGAGCAUUGCUGACAGCGGAAUAUGGAGAACAGCAGCUGUGCGGCUGCGCGCAGGAUCAGACCAGCGCUGAAUGUGGAUGCUGUGGUGAACGUACUGUGGUGCAACAGUGAUUAGAACACCGCUGCGAGUACUGUUGCACAAGAUGUUGUUACUAGUUAAUAUUACUAGUUUAGUCUCUAGCGGGACUUCUAGCUCCUCCUCUAGCUCCUAAUCUGUAAACUCUUUGUAGCAUAAAAAAAGCUUGAUAUAGACAUUAUGAAGAAUUUACUUUACGACUGUAUACUAAACACUUAUUGUAUCUUAACCCGCAUUGCAC